GACUUUAAGUUUCUUCAAGAAUUUAUUUUCCUCACAACAAAACCAACCAUGGCAAUGGAUGCGUACAAGUCUUGGAACCCAUUAGUCUUAUCGAGUAGAAUUCUUCUUUGUUCUCUCUUCCUCUUCUUCUUCUUCUUCACCCUUUACUAUCCUCUUCAUGCAACUGCACUGAGCUUUAACUUGACCGAUAUUGGUCAAUAUGUAAAUGGGGAGAUAAUUUGGCAAGGAGAUGCUUAUAUCACCCAUGAAGGCAUUCAAGUCACCCCAAAUGAGCGAGGCGCAAACCCAGUGGACAAAGCUGGUCGAGCCAUAUAUAAAGAUCCUCUUCACCUAUGGGACAAAGCUUCUGGAAAAAUGACGGACUUCAACACCUAUUUCAUGUUCGUCAUUGAUUCAAAAGGAAAUUCAUUCUUCGCAGAUGGGCUCACAUUCUUCCUUGUUCCUUAUGGUUCCACUCCCAAUAUGACAAUAGGUGGUUCUCUUGGCCUUCCAAACGUAGCCCAGUCAUCAAAUGAGACCAAUCAUUUUGUUGCUGUGGAGUUUGAUACUUUUCAUAAUCUAGAGUUCGAUGUGCUGAAUGAAACUCAUGUAGGUAUCGAUAUCAACUCUUUGAUAUCUAAUGCUACUGAAGUUUGGUACAAUGACAUUAGAUUUGGUAUAGAAAAUGAAGCUUGGAUUAGUUAUAAUUCUCGUUCCAAAAAUUUUAGCAUUGUUUUGACUGGUUCUAGAAAUAAUACUAGAAUUGAUAGUGUCCUUAGUUUGCAAGUUGAUUUGAGCUUGUAUUUACCAGAAUGGGUUACAAUUGGCUUCUCAGCUGCAACAGGAACACGUUUUGAGAAAAAUACUAUCAAAUCAUGGCAAUUCAAUUCAAGUCUGCAAAUCUCGAGAAAAGACAACAAAAAGGCACCAAUGGUGGGAUUGAUUGUUGGCUCAUCUGUUUUGAUUUGUGUAUUAACUCUGCUUGGCUUUGUUUUGUGGAAGAAAAGUAGCAGAGCAAAAGAAGAAGAUGAGUUUGCCAUUGAACUAUCAGUGGACAAUGACUUUGAGGCAGGUACCGGGCCAAAGAAAUUUUCAUACAGUAAAUUGCUUCGUGCUACAAAUAAAUUCAACAAGGAACAAAAACUUGGAGAGGGAGGAUUUGGUGAGGUUUAUAAAGGUUUCUUGAAGGAAUCCAACUCUUGUAUUGCUGUGAAGAGGAUAUCAAAGGGAUCAAAACAAGGAACAAAGGAGUACACAUCAGAAGUGAAGAUCAUUAGUCAGUUGAGGCAUAGAAAUUUGGUGCAACUAAUUGGUUGGUGUCAUGAGAAAAGAGAACUCCUACUUGUUUAUGACUUCAUGGAAAAUGGAAGCUUAGAUUACCAUCUCUUCAAAGAAACAAGCUUGUUGACAUGGGCAAUGAGGUACAAAAUUGCUCAAGGGUUGGCCUCGGCACUGCUUUAUCUACAUGAAGAAUGGGAGCAGUGUGUGUUGCACAGGGAUGUAAAAUCAAGUAAUGUCAUGUUAGAUUCAAAUUUCAAUGCCAAACUUGGGGAUUUCGGAUUAGCCAGGCUUGUCGACCACGGAAAAGAUUCGAAAACGACAGUUUUGGCAGGAACUAGGGGUUACAUGGCACCUGAAUAUCUGAGGACAGGCAAAGCUAGUAAAGAAUUGGAUGUUUACAGUUUUGGAGUUGUGGCAUUGGAGAUAGCUUGUGGAAGAAAGCCCAUUGAUUUCAAGGUCCCAGAAAGUCAAAUGAUAUUAGUGGAGUGGGUUUGGGACCUUUAUGGUUCCAAUAGGCUUAUUGAAGCGGCAGUGGAUUCGAAGAUAUGCCCUAAUUUUGUUCAAGAAGAAAUAGAAUGCUUGAUGAUUGUUGGGCUCUGGUGUGCUCACCCAAAUCACAAUCUCCGACCUUCAAUUAGGCAAGUAAUUAAUGUGCUUAAUUUUGAAGCUCCAUUACCCAUUCUCCCAGCAAAAAUGCCAGUGGCAACAUACUCUGCUCCUAUUUCAAACUAGAGUUACAACACAGGUUCCUCAAAGGUAACCUCAUCCUUUGCAACUUCUUCUUCAUCUACAACAGCUUUGUACACCUGAAUAAGUUGAUUACUAAAUACUAUGGUGAUCAAAUUACGAUAACAUUUAUAAAUUGUUUCAAAAAGUUCCUAGUACAAUAUUUUAUUGUAUUUAGUAAUUAUCAA